ACAGCCUUCACUCCUCUUCUUAUCUCCCCCAUCCCUGUGUUUUUUCAGAAGAUUCUCUUCGGGAUAAAACCAUGGAAAUUGAUCAUCAGUUAAAGUCUGCCACAGAAGGUCAUCACUUGGAGAUGAUGACGAUGAUGAUGGAUCAGAUGGACAAGCUCCCCGAGUUUUAUGGGUCUUACGAUGAAAUAUCUCGCUUACCCUCACCUGAGCCAACCCGUGCACCUAGCAACUCCGUCGUCAUCCCGCAUUUUGUCGAUAACCCAGAUGCUGGUUUAGUUUUGCCGUCAUUCACAAACCAACCAACCACUAUUUCAUUCACGGAUGGGACUCCGGUUCAAGAACCAUGUCCUUCUACACAGACUAUCUUGCCUGGUAGUUGGAGAGGUACAGCUAUCAACGAUCAAUUAUCAGGUGCAAGUGCUUCUUUUCCAACACCUUCACAGAAGAAGAACUCGAUGGCCGCGAUGCGGGAGAUGAUCUUCCGUAUCGCGGCAAUGCAACCAAUUCAUAUAGACCCGGAGGCAGUGAAGCCGCCGAAGAGAAGGAACGUGAAGAUUUCGAAGGACCCCCAGAGCGUAGCAGCUAGGCAUAGGAGGGAGAGGAUAAGCGAAAGAAUAAGGAUACUCCAAAGACUCGUUCCGGGAGGCACCAAAAUGGAUACAGCCUCCAUGUUAGACGAGGCAAUUCACUACGUCAAGUUCUUGAAGACCCAGGUACAGUCGCUGGAGAGAGCCGCUGCUAACCGACCGCCACCACACGCAGGGAUAGGAUUUCCGGUUGCAAUGUCCAGUGGGUGUUAUCUUCCAAUGCCAAAAACAUACUCUGCAAUUCAAAAUGGUCAGCAGUUUGGAGAUGCUUAAUUUUACGGAGAACAUUAUUGACUUACUUUUAGUGCUCUUUCACAUUUAGGGUCUGCAAAAUUCCAUGUUGUGUUGCUAUCAGUAUCAGUAUCAAAUGGGCAGAAAUCCAUGAGCAGACGCCACAACUGUUCAAAGACUUAAUUAAUAGAAAUAAUCGUC